CCCCGUGAAAAACCGAAGGCAGCGAUUAGCCCUCGGGGUGUGUCCGUGCUGGGAGGGGGAGCGCGGUGCCUCCCGCUUUGAUCAGCGCUUACGCGUGUCCCUGGGACACGCACUGUACCCAGCGCUGUGCUUUGUUAAGACAGCGGUAUUUUCACAUUGUUGUUGUAAGAACAAGCCGAAGCAGAGUCGAGCCGCGGCCGAACCGGGCGGACUCGCCAUCCGAGCCGGGCACGCAGCUCUCAGCGCAGUGGGGCGGCGCCGGAUGCGGCAUCGGCUUCCGCAGACGGGGAAGAUGGGCGAGCGGCGUAUCGUGAGAGCAGCCGUGCUGGGGCUCGUGCUCGGCGCCGGCGCCUGUUACUGCUACCGCCUCUGGAGGCGGGCGGCGGACCGAGGGCGGCGGCGGGGAGCGCCUUGCGUUCCGCCCUCAGUGAUGGAAGAAAUUCCUCCAUCACCCCACAGCAUGGACGCAGACGCUCUACAGAAGCUUAUUCAUUUGCUCAAGGCCACAGAUGAUCCAUUAAUUCAGGAGCAAGCUUUAAUCACUCUUAGUAACAGUGCUGCCUUCUCUGUAAAUCAAGAUAUAAUUCGAAAUUUGGAUGGCCUUUCUGUAAUUGGAGGGAUGCUCUUGGAUUGUGUUCCCACAGUUAAAGAAAAAGCACUAAAUGCACUUAAUAAUUUGAGUAUGAAUAUUAAAAAUCAGGAAGAGAUACAGGUAUAUAUUAUGCAAGUUUGUAAGAACAUUGAAUCAGCUCCUCUGAACUCUGAUCUGCAGCUAGCUGGACUCCGAUUGUUGACAAACAUGUCUGUUACCAACGACUAUCAUUAUAAGAUGAUAAACAAGAUUCCAUGCUUUCUUCAUUUGCUUUCAGAAGGAUCUGAAAGGACACAGAUACAAGUUUUGAAAGUCCUUGUGAACUUGUCUGCAAACCCAGCUACAACAAGACAUUUUCUCAAAGCUCAAGUGCCAUCACUGUUGUUACUCUUUGACAACUGCAUGAACACAGAUAUUCUGCUCAGAGCCCUGGUAUUUGCAGCAAAUUUGAAAAAGAACAUGAACAGUGAAGACAGCAUCAUGAUAGAGGAUGAAUACAGUGAAGACUCUGUUUUCUCUAUACUCUGCAGGGAUUCUACUGCAUUUGCUCAGAAGCUGGCAUCUUUACUGCAUCACCCUGACACAGAUGUGAAAGAGCAAGUUGUGAGACUACUAACACAGUAGUAAUUUACUAGUGACUGACAAAUAUCUUAAGAUUAGAUAUUAAAAAAAUGCUGAAUAUUGCUAUUGUACUUGGCAAUCAAUCACGAGAGACUCUAUGUUAAACACACUGCGGAGUAUAACAGAUUUCUUGUAAAAAGCAAGAUAAGAAACAGGUUACUUAGCACUGAGAAACCACUAUACAACUGGUAUAUGUAAACAGGGAGGCACACUUUAAAGCAUGAAAGCUUUUACAUGUACAAUGAACAUUUUAAAUUCAUGAAUAAGGUCUAUCUAGAUAUUCUUAAGGUUAGAGUUUUUGUGCCUUAGAUAUUUACAGCUGUUGAAUAAGCAUCUCUAUAAUGAUGCAUUAAAGAUUCAGCAAUCAGAGCUUAGCUGUUUCCAUUUUAUUACUGAUACCUGUUAAACAGCAGCUAUUUAGUUUUUUUCAGUUUUAGUUGAAAAACAGUGCCAAACUAUCACUGUCUUCCUGCAGAAACAGUAUUUUCAAUGAAAAGUGCAUAUUAAAAUUAUGUAGUCAUAUGUUUAGUACAUCUAUUCCAUUUAGUUGAAGUACAGUGCAGUCAGACACAACAUGAAACAUUUCUAUACUUUAGCAAAAUCAAAGGAUUUUUAUCUCCCUUAGAGGACUGAUAGCUUUAAAUGAAAGCAUACAUGCUUUUCAAAUUACAUUACCACAACUCUGUAUUAUCUUUGUUAAAAGAAGCCAGGAAGAGCAAUAUCAUUCACAUUUUUACAAAAGCUUCUGUUCUGUAGCAGCCCUCCAGCCUGUGUGGACAGGCUUUAUGAGAGCUCAUGGGAGAGUUCUGUUCCUGGAACGUUAUCAGAACAAGUGCUUCUGUUGAGUUAGCCCCCAUAUAUUUUCACUCACCUCUGCAGCAUUAAUUCAAAGUUAAAUGGAACAUCAAAACAUUGCAAAGGAACCUGGAGGAAGUUUCAUUGAUGAGCAAAGAACAUGUAGUAGAAAAUACUGUAUACCAAAACAAGACUACUAAAACUUCCAGAAUGCCACAUUAUGAAGACACCGUGUAUUAUUAUUAUUAUUUUUUUUUUUUUAAAGAGAAAUGCAUUACCUAAACUGUGACCAGAUGCUUCAUCUUUAAGUUAAUACACACACUCAACUGUUAAUAAAAUACUACCUUUUUCUUUCUGUAUGUUCUCUAGAUAUCUUACUUAUUUUCAGUAGACAACAUUUUCCAAAUAGAUAAUGAUGCAAGAGAAGUAUGACCUGGAAAAUACAACUUAUCUGUGCCUUGAUCAAUGAACAGGUAAAGCCAAUUAAUCUCUACAAGUAGUUUUAAUUCAACAGGAAUACCAUUAAGGCAGAAGUACACAUUAACAUGAAUCCCAAAUAGAACUCUGUCCAUCACUGCACUUAUAGUGAACUUUUCUUUCUCCCUCCCACUGGUCCAAACCCAGUCCAUCUUACAAUACACAAAUUAUAUUAUAAUCACUUAGCGUUUUGCCAGUUUUUGAUAGAAAAAAAAUAUAUAUAUAUUGCUCUUUUGUAUUUAGCAAAGAUAAAGCCUAGGCCAGACACUGAAGAGUCACUUAUUCCACCUUCUUUGUCUUCUAAGACAAGAAGAUAUCAGUCUAUUCUUGAUAUAUCAUCUGAUUUUAUCAACAUUUCCUUUCUUAAUCUCAGCAGUGGGGAUGCCUUGAUGUUCCUCUCUACCUACUCCAACCUAAAAAUCAGUUUCUGUCAACUGCCAAAGGACAUGAAUGAAUUGAAAUGACCAUUGUCCUCUUUAUCUAAAGCACAAGGAAGCAUAUUGCAUUCUUGCUUCAGUCUUCUGGUCCAUACCUGUUUUAAAAUCUUUUCUGCACAGAACAAUGCUGCUGAGGUGUUUUGAAAUAAUGCAAGACUGUCCAAUGUGUCUUUAUGAAAGGGUCUUAAUUUUUUUUUUUCUUUAAUCUCCUGCCCCACACCUGGUGGAAUCUUAUCAGCACCAAGCAGAACAGCUGUCACUAUUGUACAUAAAAAUACUGUACAUCUAAACACAAAAGUACAUCUAAAUAAAUACAGUAAGUACAUCUAAACCAAAAACAUAUGACAUUGCUGACCUUUAAGGCACCGAUCCUUGUAUCUUGCUGCUUAUCUACAUAUAAUAGCUACUCCUUCAGUUUCAUUUUUUCCUUCCUAAAAUACAGAACUUUACACAAUGCAGUCUAAUAGUUUCGAAAUGAAAAGAAAAAAGAGUUUUAAUAAUGUCCUUCAAAGAUAUCCAGCAACUUGGUCUCCUCCAAAAUAUUACACAUAAUAGAUACUACACAUCCAAGUCAUUACUGAAGCUACUGUGUAAAUAAGAGGCCCAACACAGACUUGGUCUGAAACAUCCUUGUGGAAAUCAACACUGAACUACUAGCAGUAGUUUUAAACCAGUUUUGAACACAUUCUGGUUAUUAGAUUCAUAGCAAAAAUACCUUUUCAAAUAAAGAAAUCUUGAUGUUUGUUAAAUACAAAUUACACUACAGGAAUAUAAGAUAGUUUUGCUUACAGAUAGUUUAAUUACCUACUCCAGAAGCCUUCCUCAGCAUUAAUUUGUCUCCUUGUGCUGUUCUUUGCUGGCAUUAAGUUCUUUAAGAUUUCUAGCAUGUCCUAGUGUUGGCUCCUAAAAGGUAACUGUUGCAAACCGAAGCUCACUUGCAGCGUGACAUCUCCUUGAGUGGUUUUAAUUAGUUGGCAGAAGUCAAUGCCUUAAAAUCACAGGGAAUUUAUUGUUUUCAUUGAUCUUGGUGAAGUAUAAGCAUAAAAUGCAACACACAAAAGUAAAAAAAAAAAAAAAAAAUAAUAAU